GAAGUUUAGUUUCGUCACUGAGUCUGGAUCUCCUCUGGAUCUCCUCUGGAUCUCCUCUAGAUCUCCUCUAGAUCUCCUCUGUGGAUCUCAGGCGAGAUGAUGACCUCCCCUCCCGGCUCUGCGGCUCUUGACGGGAUGUACUCGCAUCUGAUCGAGGCCGAGGACGAGCAGCACCGCAGGACAGAUGUGGAAGUCUCCCAGGUCAGAUUCCCCCCCCGGUUGAGCGGCCCUGGGCCCUACCGCCUCGCCACCAUCUGCCUGGCCACGCUCUGCGCCAUCCUGCUGAUCUCCAUCAUAGCCGUGGCUGCACAGGGUAAAAGCAAACCUCAGGGAGCCGGUGAAGUCGCCCCCGAGCCACAGAAGCAGACGCAGGAUGUGAACGUGACGGCUCUGACCGCCAACAUCAGCGCUCUGCUGCAGGAGAAGAAGCAGCUGCAGGUGCAGGUUGACGAGCUGCUGGUCCAACUGGCCACCUUGAGGGCCACUAAGGCUCCUGAGGUGAUCAAACCGACCGAGGCCGCCAUCGUCUGCCCCGUGGAGUGGCAUCUCUUCAACAGCAGCUGUUACCUCAUCUCCAGACUGUCCAGGAACUGGCAUGAGAGUCAGUCGUACUGCGAGAGCAAAGGCGCUCACCUGGCCAUCAUCCACUCGGCCGAGGAGCAGACGUUCCUGUGGGAUCUGCUUCCCAGAGGCCACUGGAACGCCUUCUGGUUCGGGAUCACUGACGAGCAGACGGAGGAUCAGUGGAAAUGGGUGGACGGAUCUCCACUGGUCGGAGGUUUUUGGGAAGUCGGCGAACCCAACAACCACAUCAACGAGGACUGCGGCUACAUAAUCAAAACUGAGGUGCUGCAGCGAGUGGCGGUGAGGAGCUGGUACGACGCCCCCUGCAGCUUUCCCCUGCCGUACAUCUGUGAGAAGGAGAUGGGCGCCGGUGUCAGCACGGCCAUUCCACACUGAGGCGCCGAGGGAACCAGUCUCUGGCUCGUCAGGGUUUCACAAUCGCCUGCAGCUACAGAUAUCUUACUUUCUUAAAUUUCUUUUAUAACCUCGUAUUUUGAUAUGAAGACAUUCCGAUGUUGAUCUUGCCUGAAACAAUGGACUCAUUAAAAGUAAUUUUCCACUUCUGAUAUGUACGAAGGAUAAAGCAGGAGCUGUGCCUAAUAUCAUCACCACCAUCAAUAUUAAUUUACAAUUAAUUAAGUGUGAAUAUAUAAACCUAUUAUAAGAAAAUAAUUCUAACCGAAUUCUUGUUUCUUUUUAACUUGACUCUCUUCAUUUCACUUUGGGCUUUAACCCCAUUCUUAUGAAUAAAUCAUCAAUUUGAAUAAUUACCACUUUCCUUAGAAACUCUUAUUUGUUUAAAAUCAAUAUAAGUAAAUGAAAGAAAGAAUAUCUUUCAGAUUUGAAUGGUUAGUCUCCACCUGGUGGUCACAUGGUUUACUAAUUACUUUUAUUGUACGUAUAUAAUAUUUUUUAUGUUUUGAUGUAUUUCUAACAUGCUUGUGUUUAAAGGUUUAUGGCUUAAUGUCCAAAUCAAUUUGUUUUCUCAUGUUUAUUUGCUAGUUUUAUAAAAACAUGUCCACUAACUGUGAAUGUAAUCGUUGAAUAAAUACUGAAAUACUGAAAAGUAAAUCAAUACUGAAAGAUAAA